AUGUAUUAUCCCAGUUUAUUUGAACCGGUAGCCACUAAUCCACCAUAUUCAUCAUUCAAUACAAGACAUUUUAUGAAAAAUGGAUCCACUGAUAACACUGCUGCUGCUGCUAUAGUGCCUUCCCUUGUUCAUCAUCCACAUGCCGAUUUAUGUCUAUCAUCGACAUUGGCCACAUCCGAUAAGCGAACAAUGACUUCUGCUUCAUCAUCAGCAGCAACAUCUAUAACGAAUGGAGCGCCACUUUCAUCAUUUCGUUUACCAAAUUUUGUUUGUCCAUCAUCACCAUCAUCAGUUCCACCAUACAAUAACAACAAUGGACAACAACACAAUUCAUCAAUUGCCGGUCCUUUGAUGGAAAAUUCUUUGAUCUUGUCAUCUUAUGGGCCAUUAUCAUCAUCAUCGACGUCGACGACGACCUCCACACCAGCAGCAGCAUCAUUAUCAUCAUCUAACCAUUUAUCAUCUACUGAAAAUGUCUACAAUUCAACUAUGCAAUCGAAUUUAAUGGAAAUAACGCCUCAUCACCAUCACCAUCAUCAAGCUCAUUCAUAUGGAAUAGGAUCAUCAUUGUCGGCACAACCACCGCCACCUCCCCCACCACUAUCACCAACAGCUUAUGCUUCCCAUCAUUAUUACAGUAUGAAUACAGCAAGCUAUAAUAAUAAAAUACCAAAUGUUUCAACAACUACGUCGACAUAUCCAUCGACAAUUACUGCUGCUACCGCUGCUGCUGCUGCUGCGGCUGUACAGAAUUUUUAUCGUUCAGCUAAUCAAGCAGUUCAUCCAAUAUCUUAUGGUCAUCCCCACCACCACCAACACCACCAGCAUCAUCAUCAUCAUGCUUCACAGACUUAUAAUGAAACAUUUAUACCUGAUUCAUAUCGUACCACGAUUACCAGCGCAGAGCGUUAA